AUGCUUCUCUCCAAAUACCAACAUCAUUAAAAUACAGUAGUGUAGUUGGCCAAAAUGAGACAGGUUUUAUUCCUAAGGAGUAUCAUUCUAAGCCACUGUAACAUUAAGCUCAGUUUGAACGUUAACACUGUGCCUAAAUACAGGAGAGAGGGGAAAAAAACAACGUAAGUAACGGUUAUAUUAAACUAUAUCACACACACUAAUUAAAUAAAAACUGCACCCAAAUGUUUAAAGACAAAAAGUUCAGAAAGUAAAUCCGACUGAAUUGUACUUCGGGAAGGAUCUCGUGUACAACUAGUCGUACGCGUACCACACUGAGAAUCACAACUACAUCAGCAAUGGGACUUUGUCUUGAACCAAUCGCAUUUAGAAUUUGCCUUCGCAGAGCCAGAGUGCCGGCCCUUUUCCGUCCCCUGAUUGGUUGGUCGGAGCGAAACUUGUUACAGCUAACUUCCACUAGCAAAACAGGGGUAUUGUCCACUGGGCCCGAAGAAGGUUUCAUAAUCCAGCCGAAUGAGCAGAUCAGCAGCAAAGAAUCUCAUCGAGCGCUACUUUCGGCAGUUAACCGACGGAUGUGGUAAUGACGACUGUGACAAUGAGUUCUGCGCCUCGCGUCGCCGCUUCCGACCGCUGGAUAAAAACGCGGCGGCGGUCCGAGCGCUGGAGCUGUAUAAGGUCAAUGCCAAACUCUGCGAUCUCAAGACGUCACGGACAGAAUCUGACCUUCAGCUUCUGGAUCUCAAGGAGGACUUCGGAGACAUCCAUUACCUCACAGAGAACACCGUUUGUAUGAUUCUGAGUGUUUGCGAAGAGGAAAGGGACUACUCCUCCCUCAUCCGCGUCCUCGGCCGGGUGUUCUCCAAUGCCAACGCCCUGAUCAAAAGUUUCCGUAAAGACAACCCCGAAUCUUCCGAGCCGGAAGACGGGGCCUCGCAUCAGCCGGGCACCUCCCUUGAGGUCACCGUCGACAUUGACUCGGUGCGGCGUUUCUACAAGCGACUCCGGACCAUCGAGCAGGCCGAGUCGGCUCUGGUCAACGCUCUCGUCUACCUCACUCCCAACGUGGAGCUGGACCUGGAGUACCUGGAAGCGUACGAGACCGUCCCGGACUACCUAAACAUCUUCGUCAUCCUGAUGGAGAACGGCAACCUCCACAGCCCGGAGUACUUGGAUCUGGCGCUGCCGCAGUUGUGCAAGGCCAUGAGCAAGCUUCCGGUGGCCGCCCUCAGCCGGCUGUGCGAGCUGUGGUCAAAGUACGAGCUCCCGCACAUCCGCCGCAUUAUGGAGACCUUCCAGCAACUCAUCACCUACACCGUGGUCACCCGGGAAUACGACGGCGAGCACCUGGUCAACGACGACGACACGGUGGUGGCCGCCUGCAAGUGUCUGAAGGUGGUCUUCUACGCCAGUCUGGUGGGAGGCGACGUGGACACGGAGCACGACGACGACGACGGCGGCGACGACGACGGUGAGGCGGCCGACUCGGACGAGCUCAGCCUACAUGAGCUUCUGGGCGAGGAGCGUCUCUACAAGAAGGGUCCUGAGGUGGACCUACUGGAGAAAGAAAUAGGGGUCCGGCCAAUCGACAGCAGGAAGCCCCUCAUCCCGUUUGAGGACUUCGUCAAUGAGUCCCUGAGCGAGGUGGUAGAGAUGGACAAGGACUUCACCUUCUUCAAGGUGGAUGCGGAAACCAAGUUUUCGUUCCAGACCUGCCCCUUUGUCCUCAAUGUGUUCACCAAGAACCAGGGGCUGUACUACGACAACCGGAUUAGGAUGUACAGCGAGCGGCGCCUCACCGCCCUCUACGGCAUGGUGCGGGGACAGCAGUCCAGCCCCUACCUCAAGCUCAAAGUGAGGCGGGAUCACAUCAUGGAUGACGCCCUCGUCAGGCUGGAGAUGAUCUCUAUGGAGAAUCCGUCCGACCUGAAGAAGCAACUCUUUGUCGAGUUCGAGGGUGAGCAAGGCGUGGACGAAGGCGGCGUUUCUAAGGAGUUCUUCCAGUUGGUCCUGGAAGAAAUUUUCAAUCCCGACAUCGGAAUGUUCACCUACGACGAUGACACCAAGCUCUUUUGGUUCAACUCGUCCUCCCUGGAGAACGAAGCCCAGUACACGCUGGUGGGCAUCGUGCUUGGCCUCGCCAUCUACAACAACUGCAUCCUGGAUGUGCACUUCCCCAUGGUGGUCUACAGGAAGCUCAUGGGCAAGAAGGGCACCUUCUUGGACCUCCCCGACUCGCAUCCAGUUCUCUACCAGAGUCUGAAGGAGCUGCUGCACUACAGUGGAGACGUGGAGGCGGACAUGGCGCUCACCUUCCAGAUCUCCCACACCGACCUUUUCGGAAACCCCGUGUUGUACGGCCUGAAGGAGAAGGCAGAAGACAUUCCUGUUUCCGGGGAGAACAGACAGGAGUUUGUGGACCUGUACACUGACUACAUCCUGAACACAAGCGUGGGGAGGCAGUUCUGCGCGUUCAAGAAAGGUUUCCUCAUGGUCACCAGUGAGUCCCCGAUGAAAUACUUGUUCAGGCCCGAGGAAGUAGAGCUGCUUAUCUGUGGAAGCAGGGGAUUUUUGGCAAACGCUGCAUUCGUUCGGAGAGGAACAGAAGAGGCUGUUCCUUCAGUUCACCACCGGGACGGACAGAGCGCCGGUGGGCGGGCUCGGCAAGCUCAAAAUGAUCAUCGCCAAAAACGGCUCGGACAGCGACAGGCUGCCGACGUCGCACACCUGCUUCAACGUGCUGCUGCUUCCGGAAUAUUCCUCCAAGGAGAAGCUGCGCGAGAGACUCCUCAAGGCCAUCACUUACGCCCAAGGCUUCGGAAUGCUGUGACGCAGCCGCCGACGAGGUUUUAUUUUGGGGCUAGCAACCAAGAAUGCCUUUACCGCUACUGCAAAGCUGUGCCUCCAGAAUUCAUUCACCAAGCCUCACAACGGUGGAACUUUUUGUUUUCCAGGUGUGUGUGUUUUUUGUUUUGUUUUUGUUUGCAAAAAAACUGUGGAAGUGCACUUGAAGGUGUGACAGGAAAUGACCCUUUGCUAAACCACACCCCCUAAAACACCAGACUGGCCAAUUGCAGCACAGCAUACACAGUUUCCCGGCAAAAGCGCCACUGAAUUCAACGAUCAUUUUGGCUAGGUUUCGGCCCUCUUAAAAAGCUAAGAAAGCUACGUGAACUGAUAAUGCUAUGCUACUGGGGACGUGUUAGCCAGAAAGGUUGACGGAAACAUUUUUUUGUGUCCCGUGGCCAAAACGGCAAAUGAACCCAGACAAAUGCACGCUUUGGAUAACGCUACGCGUCUGUCCAAAACGCUAAUGCUAUGCUAGCAAAGUGACAUGUUGUCUUCAAUUUCAUCGGACGAGCGACAAUGAAGACAUUCUUACUCUUGUACAGAGAGAUUGAAAGGGAUUUCUUUUUGUCUUUUUUCAAAACUGGUCCCAAAUGCAGAUUCUGGUUCAAGCUAGCCAAUUAACCCUGCUCCAAGCUAAACCAUGUGCAAAAAUAUUGCUAGGAUGUCAUGAGCUCCAAAUUCUAAUGCUUUGCUAUCAUGGAAGCGGAAGGUCAUUUCAGCACGUACGGUAUAUUUGGUGAUUUCCAAUAUUUUGAAGUGAAGUGUGUUUGUGCGCGGUGCGACGGUGGACUUUUACACCCUUUUGUUUGUUAGUGAUGAGGUUGAGGGACGCACCUGCACAAAGGAACAACAAAAAAAAACAAAAAAAAAGCCCAAGUUAGCAAAACAAAAACAGGUUUUCAUUGGUCAAAUUUCUCAGGUAGAUAACAAAUGUGUGACAUAGUGAAACUACAGUGUUACAGAGAAGACGAACUCUGAUGCAAAGACAAUAAAAGAUAACAUCAAAAAUC